UUAAAGCCCGCAUUUCUGCUUGAGUAUACCCACGUGCUAGCUAAAUAUAUUUCGGGCGAUAGUUUGUGGUUUAUCUGCAAGGAAACGUCAACUGUCAAAUCGCGUUUGUGUCAUGGAGUCGAAACACGACGAAUUACUUUUACAAAUUUUGAAGGAUGAACUGAACAUAACCAAUUUUUUGAACACAUUCUUCGGUUUUAUGUACAGAUGUUUCAUUAUUUUCAGCACUGACUUUUACGUUGAAUCGACACAAGACCAGAAGUUGGGUUUUCUCCCAGGAGUUGCUGAAGAUUUAGUCUUAAAAAUCUAUCGAAAGUGGAAAAGUAAAUAUGAAACCGACCAUAUGUCCAGAUCGGAGGCCCAGGCUCAAAUUUCAGAAUUGGUGGAAACCACUGAAGUAGUAGAAGUAGAAGUCGAAACCAGUUGUAGCCAAGUAGACGACGAACCAAUGAAGACUUACAAAACGCCAGUACAGCCGUCUGAUAGCUACAACGGAGCUGUUAGAGAGAAUUACACUUGGUCCCAGACGAUAAGCGACGUUGAUGCACUUGUGAACAUUCCGUCAAAUAUUGAAACAGCGAAAGACUUGAAGGUUGAUAUAACAGCCCAGAGAAUAAGUAUAGCUGUGAAAACGGAACGCCUUAGAGAAAAUAAUACUUUGGACAAGUAUUCUGAUAAUGCAACAGACUCUGAAUGGAUCGUCAUCUUCGACGAAGAAGUCAGCUUUAAAACGCAGAGAGAGGAAUCUAUGUGGUGCAUUAUACCUGGGUAUUACGUCCAUAUCCACUUGGAAAAAGCAACCGAAAGAUGGUGGGAGGCUCUGACUAAGGGUGAGCCACACAUUGAUUUGACUAAAAUUGAUUGCUCCCGUCCAAUUGAGGACCUGGGAGCGAAUGAACAGAUGAAAGUUCAGGAACUUAUGUGGAAUCACCAGCAAAAACUUCUUGGAAAGCCGACGUCUGAGCAAUGUAAUUUAGAAAAAGUUUUAAAAAAAGCGUGGAAUGCUGAGGGAUCUCCAUUUAAGGGCACCGAAUAUGAUCCAAGCGUGCUUCAGUAUAACUAAAAAUUUGACUUGCCAGGAAAGUAAAGUCAAAACUGAGGUUCAAAGGCCAAAACCACUGAAAACAAAAUAGGUACAUUGAUUAUUUGAAUAUUUAGAACACAUUUAUGUUAAUCGUUUUUGCAUUUUAACAUUUUACUGUCAUCAACGGGUCCGUAUUUGAAAACGUGUUUUUCUCCCCCCUGGCUCUUUUAUUUUGCGCGAAACGACAAACGAAAUGAAUGAUAACAUUUUGUAUUGUACAAGAUACUAUCGUGUAUAAAAAA